CCUCUACCAUAAUCCAUAAGGCGCCCCAAGUCUCCAACUCAUUGGCUUAUUCAGUCUUUUGAGUACAGUUAAAGUUAGGCCUUCAAGCUUUAAUCUUUCACUCCACUCCUAGGUUCUAACCUCCUCUUAUAAAGGGGUUACACACUUACACCUGUUCUCUGGGUUUUGCUCCCUUGCAGUAAUAAUGGCAGAUAUUGCUUCGCUGUUUGCUCUUGCUCCUUCUAUGCCUCUGUUUUUCCGGCGAGUGUGGUGUUCCUUUGCGUUCUUGACCUGUUCUUGAUUUGCCCAUGUUGGUAUCUGUUUCCUCUUCAUUUGCUUUCAUUGAGUUCUAAGUUCUAACUGGUUUCCUUGCAGGUUGAAGAGAUUUUUUUACUGGAUUUCUUUGUUUGGUUAAGUGGUUCUGUGUUUCUUCUCCGUUUUCUCUUUAGCUGAACUCUGUUGUAUUUGGGUGUUGAUUCCUUCAACAGCUCAACCUUCCCUUUUUCGCUUCUAAAGCAUUACUUUGUCUGCUUAUACCCGCACUUGCUUUACUUUUACCGUAUUUAUUUUCGUCUCUGUAGUUGCAUUAUUGAAUUUUGGGUUUUCUGUAUUUUCUUCUUUUAAGCCCGUAUUUCCCCUGUAAUUUCCUCCACUGAACCAAAAGCUCGAUUUUUUUUUUCUUCUCAAAAUGCCUCCGUCCUACUUUCCUCUUCGCUGGGAGAGUACCGGAGACCAGUGGUGGUACGCAUCACCUAUAGACUGGGCUGCUGCCAAUGGCCACUACGACCUUGUCAGGGAGCUCCUGCACCUUGACACCAACCUUCUCAUCAAGCUCACCUCCCUCAGGCGAAUUCGUCGGCUUGAGACUGUAUGGGACGACGAGGCUCAGUUCAAAGACGUCGCCAAAUGCCGUUCUCAAGUUGCCUGGAAGCUUUUCCUUGAAUGUGAAAAUAAAAGGGGUACCAACUCUCUCAUACGAGCUGGCUACGGUGGAUGGCUUUUAUACACCGCUUCUUCGGCUGGGGAUGUGGUUUUUGUUCAGGAACUGCUCAAGAGAGAUCCUCUCCUUGUUUUCGGGGAAGGAGAAUAUGGCGUCACCGAUAUAUUUUAUGCUGCUGCUAGGAGCAAGAAUUCUGAGGUUUUCAGGCUCCUAUUUGAUUUCUCAGUCUCACCUAGGUCUCUGAUGAGCAAUGGUGGAGCUUCGGAAGAGCAAACAGCUGGGCCGUCUCCAGUUUUUAGGUCAGAAAUGGUGAACAGGGCUGUUCAUGCUGCGGCCAGAGGAGGGAAUUUGGAUAUUCUGAGGGAGCUUCUCGCGGGCUGCAUUGAUAUCUUGGCUUACAGGGAUGUUCAGGGCUCUACUGUCUUGCAUGCAGCAGCUGGCAGGGGACAGGUUGAGGUAGUGAAGGAUCUAGUGGCAUCUUUUGAUAUGAUUACCUCCACAGACAAUCAAGGAAAUACAGCAUUGCAUGUGGCUGCUUACAGGGGUCACUUGCCUGUGGUAGAGGCUCUAAUUAUUGCAUCCCCUUCUUCCAUUUCUUUAACAAACAAUGGGGGAGAUACUUUCCUCCAUAUGGCUGUAGCUGGUUUCAGAACCCCUGGUUUCCGAAGAUUGGAUCGACAAAUUAAUCUCAUGAAGGAAUUAAUUUGUGGAAAGAUUGUAAACAUGCAAGAUGUCAUCAACAUCAGAAACAACGAUGGAAGAACAGCUCUUCAUAUGGCUGUUCUUGGGAAUAUCCACUCUAAUCUUGUAGAACUACUAAUGACAGCACCAUGGAUUAAUCUAAACAUCCGCGACGUAGAUGGUAUGACCCCACUGGAUCUACUCAGCCAGAGGCCACGAUCUGCUUCAUCAGAAAUAUUAAUCAGGCAGUUGAUUUCAGCUGGUGGGAUCUCCAAUUGUCAAGAUUGUAUGGCGAGAAGUGCCAUUGUUUCUCACCUAAAAAUGCAAGGUAUUGGAAGCAGUCCUGGAACUUCUUUUAGAAUCACAGAUGCAGAGAUAUUCUUGUACACAGGUAUUGGGAAUGCAUUGGAUGGUGCUGGUGAUCAGAUCAGUGGGGCAUGCUCAAGUGACCUUGAUUCAGCUGAUGCAAAUCGUAGCUCUUUAGAUAGUAAAAAGCUAGGCUCAGUAAAUUAUGCAAAGAACCGUCUCAAGAUUCUACUCCGAUGGCGUGGCCGGAAAGAGAAGAAACCCGAAGAGAUCAAUAAACUGGGAGGUGAUGACUCGAACGAAUCCUACAAAAACUGGGGCAGUUUGGAGGAAACUCCAACUCCACUCAGGCAGCGAUUCUCAAAACCAUCUUCACCUUCAAACAACAAAAGGACUCUAUCUGUUAGAAGUAACCUUCCUAGUCCAUCUACCAAGAAGAAGUUUGCAGCAGGGCUAAUGCAUGGUGUCAUUCAAGCCAUGCCACAUUUAAUCAGAUCAGAUCGAUCACCUUCGAGUUCGUUCUCAGUAUCAUCAAUGUCUUCACCUACUUCAUUGGAUAGGAAAAGGGGCACUCAUUCUAGGAGUGCAAGUGCAGAUCCCUCUUGCUCAAACCAAUCCUUUGACAAUGAAGCACUGAACGUGAACCAAAAGCAAACAUCAGCUAAUAAGAAGAUGAACCACUAUUUCUGUUUUGGUGCACAUGGUUUGGCAGUGGAAAAUCCUUGUAGCGGCCUGAGGUCAAGCCAGGCUCACAAGCCUUCAGUGCUAUCAGUUGCUUGAUGAGAUGAAACUUGUACCCACUUCUGCACUAAAGAUAGGUAAAAGUCUACAGUUGUUAUCAGUACUUGGAUUUUAAGUUAACUUGUGUGCUUGUAUAAAAUGAGUAGGUUAAUUUCUUCUCUUAAAUAACUACUCUGGUUCAACAGACAUGUCCAAGGGAUAUGUUGUGGUAUGGCAAAUAUGUGAAGCUUCUCUAGUUAUUGUUAGUCGUCAAGUCUGAACAAAAUCCUUUUACCUUUUAUUUAUGGAGGCUAUUCUGUACU